AUGAUAUUGCCAAUUAUCGCAGCUCUAAGCAGCGGUGUUGUUGUGAAGAAGAUGAAGGUGACGCAGGUCUUCUCGUCGCGUUUCAAUGACCUGUGGGAAGAAUGGGAGCUCCGUGGUGUUGUCUUUGUCAGCCUCACCCUCCAAAUCCUGCUCAUUUGUCUGGGCAAUCGCCGCAAAUACAUCCGCUUUGCCUCGUUCUGGGGGGUCAUUUGGCUGUUCUACCUAAUGGCUGAUCCGGUCGCUAUCUACGCGCUUGGCAUAAUCACGAACAAGCUCACGAAGUUAAACAGCCAAAGUGUGGAUGCGACCACUGAGCUGCACGCGUUUUGGGCACCAUUCCUCUUGUUACAUUUAGGAGGCCCCGACACCAUCACGGCAUAUGCCCUAGAAGACAAUGAGCUCUGGUUGAGGCACUUCUUGUCACUAGUCACCCAAACAGUAGUAACAUUUUAUAUCUUCCUGAUGGCGUGGACCGGCCCUAAUAUAUCCAUCCUCACCAUCGUGAUGAUUUUUGCUGGGCUCGUCAAGUAUGGUGAAAGGGUUUAUGUGCUCUGGGCCGCCAGCAGUGAGCAGUUCCGGGACUCUAUCCCCGAUCCGCCUCCUAAUUAUUCCAAGAUAUUGGACCAACAGAAGUUGAUGGAGGCCGAGGGCUAUGAUGUCGUACCGCACGAAGUGAUCGAGGUCCGCGACGUGAUUGUGGAAAACAAAGUCGAUGGUGCCGAUCUUUCGUCCCAGGAGAAAAACCUCAAUCGGGAGCAACUUUAUAAGCGGAAGCAAGGAGAAUUGCUUGCGGCCAGAGGCUUGGUCAACAUAUUCCAACGCCUUUUCGCGGAUCUGCUGCUGAGUUUCGAGGAUCACGACACAAGUAAGUCGGUGCUGAAGGGUAAGAAUUUCCUCGCGGCCUUCAAUAUCAUUGAGAUUGAAUUGGGAAUCAUGUACGAUUUGCUCUACACGAAGGCCAAGGCAAUCCAUACUAAAUGGGGCUUUGCCCGUCGCAUAACUGGAUUGGUUUUGAUCUGCAUCGUAUUGGUACUCUUCAUCCGGAUCAAGGAUCAGCAUUACUCAGUAGCUGAUCUUUAUUUGACCUUUAUACUGCUAGCAGUGGCCAUAAUCCUGGAGAUUUAUGCUUUGGCUGUUCUUCUUUUCUCCGAUAAGACGGCUUGUUGGUUGAUCAAGGAAAAGAAAUUUGCGAUAGUCUUGGAUGUCAUCAAUUGGUUGCAACCGCUGACUAAACGGCGCCGAUGGUCGGAUCACAUAGCUCAAUACAGCCUAUUGAGCUUUGCAAUUAAAGAGAAGCACCUUCCUUGCCAUCAGAUCCUCGAAUUUCUGCACAUUGACGAGAAGGUCGAGAAGCUCUUUUACAAGCAUCACAAAAAAGUAACCGAUGAUUUAAAAAAACUUAUAAUGUCACAGCUCACGGAAAUGCAACCCCAGGGUACUACCAGAGGAAGCCGGGUGCUCGAAAAGUUCAACGAAAUGGGGAAGAAUUUAAAAUGGAGCAUCGAGCUGGAGUUUGACCAAAGCAUCCUCAUUUGGCAUAUCGCAACCGAAUUGUGUUACCACUCUAAAAACAAAUAUUGUAUUAAAAGUAUGGAGAUGAGUGAGUGCUUGUCUCAAUACAUGUUGUAUAUCCUUGUCAUGUACCCCAUGAUGCUGCCGACUGGGAUCGGUCGCAUCAAGUUUCGAGAAACCUAUAUAGAGGCCAUGAAACUCUUCGACGAGUUCAAGUCCAACAAAGCGAGUGAGGACACAGAGGACAAGGCUCCUUCCAACGACAGAGAAAACAUUCGAGGUUAUAAGAAAUAUGUGAUGAAAUGUGCAGGAUUCUGUGCUGGUGCUUGGCGACAUAUCAAUAAUUGGAAGAAGCGUAAAUUGGACAUCACUAGUGCCUGCAACCAGCUGCGGAACCAGGUGAAGACAAAGGUGAUUUUGACAGUCGCAAAGGGAGACCGGAGCAAGUACGUGCUGUUCCACGGGUGUCGGCUCGCGUCGCAGCUGGAUGAGAUCGAGAAACGAGAGGACAGGUGGAAGCUAAUAAGUGAGGUGUGGGUUGAGAUGUUGUGUUAUGCGGCGAGCAAUUGUAAAGGAAGUUAUCAUGCACAGCAACUGAGGAGAGGAGGAGAGCUUCUGACUCAUGUCUGGCUCAUGAUGGCUCAUUUUGGCUUGACCGAUAACUUCCAGAUCCCACAUGCCCCUGCGAUAGCUGAGCUGAUCGUGCAGUAGG